AGCGUCAAGUGUGCGCGUGCGCGUGUCACCGCCGUCAAGAAUGGCACAUCCCAAAUCUCGGCGCACACAACGCGAUCCGCCGCCCGCGCGUGAGCAGUCGGGGCUAGAGAGUGGGCAGAGCGCACGCACGCACGCACGCCGGCCGUCGCAAUCAUGUCUUCCCUCAAGUUUUACCUCGUACUCUUGUACAUGGUUGUCGUUCUCGAGAGGUCAUCCUCCAAGUCCCUUAAGGCAAGAAAGUCUUCCUACUCGUCCUCCCCCUCGAGGGACACCUUCGAGGAACUGAGGCGGUCGCUAAACGCUAGGCAAAGCGCUCUCUCCUCCGACCUUGAGAUCUUGGAAAAAAUCGAGGAGGAACAUUUGGAAAGAUGCCCCACACUGAAAAGUCUCUUAGAAGGGCUGCGGGAAACGUACGACAAAGUCUCCCCUUUGUAUGAGGCCAUUUCCGACGAGUUAGCUGAACUGAAGGAAACCACGAAUACCUGUAGGGAACAGGAAGAGAAGACAGUCGGACUGAGGAACUCCUGCAGUAUAGGGACGUUCAGAUGCACAGGCAGUGGGUCAUGCAUCCUGAGUGCGUGGGUGUGCGACGGCGAAUUCGACUGUGGUGAUGGAAGUGACGAAGCGAACUGUGACCCGACCCCACAGUACACCACCUCCACAAUGCCCCCGACAACUGAGGAGCCUUGUCAAGACGGCGAAUUCCGGUGCGCCAGGAGCAGAGUUUGCAUCCCCGAACUGUGGCGCUGUGACGGCGACAGGGACUGCUCUGACGGAAGUGACGAGGAGGCAUGUGCGCAGAUCGUCUGCAGUGAAGGGGAAUUCAAGUGUCCCGCCGGCAAAUGCAUUUCGCAGGAAAGCCGCUGCAAUGGCGACUGGGACUGCCCGGACGGUAGCGACGAGGAAGGGUGCCCUGCGAGGGAGUGUCAGCAAAACGAACUCAGAUGUUCUUCCGGAAAUCAGUGCAUCGAUCGCAGGUGGAUUUGCGACGGAGACAGAGACUGUGCUGACGGUAGUGAUGAGGACGACUGUGAUGUCACGUCUUCGUCGACUGUCAGCUCAACUACGUCAUUCACAACGUCGACCUCCACUACAGCUUCUGUGACUUGCGAAGACAACCAGGUCAGCUGUCGGUCAGGCACCGAGUGCAUCCGCAAGUGGUGGCUUUGUGAUGGCGAAGAGGACUGUGAUGACGGUAGCGAUGAAGAGGGCUGCGACGUGACGUCAUCAUCAACUGUACCGUCAACUGCGUCGUCAACAACCUCAUCAACAUCAACUGCGUCGGUGACUUGCGAAGACAACCAGGUCAGCUGUCGGUCAGGCACCGAGUGCAUCCGCAAGUGGUGGCUUUGUGAUGGCGAAGAGGACUGUGAUGACGGUAGCGAUGAAGAGGGCUGCGACGUGACGUCAUCAUCAACUGUACCAUCAACUGCGUCGUCAACAACCUCAUCAACAUCAACUGCGUCGACCCUGAGACUGACUCGACAACUCUCACAGGUGACUUGCGAAGACAACCAGGUCAGCUGUCGGUCAGGCACCGAGUGCAUCCGCAAGUGGUGGCUUUGUGAUGGCGAAGAGGACUGUGAUGACGGUAGCGAUGAAGAGGGCUGCGACGUGACGUCAUCAUCAACUGUACCGUCAACUGCGUCGUCAACAACCUCAUCAACAUCAACUGCGUCGCCAUGCGGGACCGACCAGAUCCGCUGUCGCCUGGGGGGCUGCAUCCUGUCCUUCUGGCGCUGCGACGGUGAGCGGGACUGCUAUGACGGCUCCGACGAGGAAGACUGCGAUUCGCUGCAGUGCAGCCAAAACGAGUUCCGGUGCACCUCCGACAGCAGAUGCAUCCGCGCGACCUGGGUCUGCGACGGCGACACCGACUGCUCCGACGGCAGCGACGAGGCGGAAUGCUCCACGAAGGGGCCUCUGCCGGCGGCAAAGAGUCCUUGCACGUCGAAUCCCUGCAGCCACAAGUGCAUCCCGGACUCUUACAUGCCACAAGGAUACUCUUGCCUGUGUCCUCCCGGUUACAAGAUGCUCCUCGAUGAAGACACGUGCGUUCCCACCGAUGAACAGUUUGACGAACGCGAGCAUGAUAUGUUGUCGAAGUUCCCAGUUCAGUCGCUUGAUUAAUGUGAAGGAUAUACAGGCAUGUACAUAAUGCACGUAUACACAUAUACAGGCGCACUCAGACACAAAUACACACACACACUUACACGCGCAUCAACGUACAUACUCACACACACACACACGCACACACACACUUACACGCGCA